AAGAAACCGUCUACAUCCACACCCGCUCUCCCAUAAAGGCCGUCGCCCAUUGUCCGGCCGCGCCCCCACUUCUUUCAUCCCCGUCUCCCCUUUCUCUCCGCUCCGCUUCCCGUUUCCCUGAUUAUGCGCUAGCCGUUUGACCUCACUCGACUUUCCGUGAACCAUGGCGACGGCGGCCAUCGACACGGCUUACAUCGCCGCCUCAUACUCCAUACCCGAACCCAGCCUGCAAAACCUCAUUGAUGCACCCACGGCCGAGCUCGUGCAACAGCUCCUGACCAAGAUCGAGGCCAAGGCGCACGAGUUCGACGAGGUCAAGGCCGAGAAGCUUCGCUCCGAUGUCGAGCUCGAAAACGCCGUGCGAACGGGUGAUGCCCGAGCGCGCGCGUUAAAGGCGUCCGUUGACAAGGGCUUGAAGGAGGUGGAGGAGGUGAGGAAGAAGCUCAGCGAAGAGGAAAACGCCCGCGCAUCUCUCGAAUCGGAUCUCCAGAACCUGCGCUCUUCUUCCUCUACUUCGUCUACCGAGACCGAGACCCUUCGCACACGCGUUUCCACACUCGAAGCCUCCAACCGUGACACCCUCUCAUUGCUCGAAGCGAAGACUACUGCCCACGACAAGCUCGCCGAGGAGCUUGCUGCUCAACAACAAAAGAUUGUCGCGUUGCGCCGCGAAAUCUCGGAGCUUGAGGACAAAAACCAGGCAGCCCAGAACGCGGCGACGAGCACCAAGUUCAAGCAACAGGCCCUGCAACAAGAGAUUGAUCUGUUAAAGCGUAACAAUGACUAUCUGGACUCUGAGCUGAAGACAAAGAGCACCGAGCACUCCAAGUUCCGGAAGGAAAAGAACGCAAAGAUUUCCGAGCUGCAGCGCCUGUACGAUGACGCGAAUGAGAACAUCGAAUCGAUUCGUCGGACCGAGGCCACGCUGCGCAGUCGCCUUGACGAAGUCAACCAGAAAGCCGAGGAUUCAUUGACUAAGAUUCAGCAACUUCAAGAAGCUGCCGCGAAGACCGAGGAAUCAUUCCGCGUCGAGCUUGACAGCGCGCGCAGAUUGUCGGAUCUCCAGAAACAAAGUGCGGACACAGCAAGGGCUCGUCUGCAAGAAGUGCAGAACUCUUUCGAAAAGAUCAAGGAAGAUGCAGCAGAAGAGCUGGGCCAGAUGCAGGCUGAAGUGGAGACUGAGCGGUCAGAAAAGGAGCUUGCGCUGCAGAAGAUCGAAGAGAUGGAGCUUCAAGUUGAAAGACUCGAGGCCGAUUUGUCUGCGCGCCAAAACGCUAUUACUGUAUCCGGAACUCCUAGGCGUGCGAUGAACGGCUUGGCAGCACCCGUCACCCCAGGCCGUGCCGGUUCCCCUGCGUUUGGCUCUCCCAACACUCCUCGCAACAAGGGCGGCCUCACUUUCACUCAAUUGUACUCUGAACACUCUCAGAUCAAGGCCGAUCUGGACGCCGAACGCCGUCGGAGCGCAAAGCUGACCGCGACCAUUGAUGAAAUGAUUCAGGAGCUUGAAGCCAAGCAACCCGAGAUUGAGGAGCUGCGAAACGGCCACCAAAAGCUGGAGUCCGAAGUCGUGGAAAUGUCCGAGCUGCUUGAAGAAGCCAACAGAGACAGGGACACUGCAAGGAAAGAGUCUAGGAAGUGGUCGGGCCAGGUCGAGGGGCUGCAGCGUGAGAGCGAAAUCCUCCGCCAGCAGCUUCGCGAUCUGAGCGCGCAAGUCAAGACUUUACUUUUCGAAGUCCAGGUGCGUGAUCAGGGCCUGGAGGCUCUGAGCGCAGCCGAGCAAGCUCAGUUUGAGGCUAUGGCUCGUGGCGAUGUCGAGAUGGAAGAUGCCGACGGCGCCACGGAUACUAGCCGCUUCAUCAGCCAACGUCUUACCAUCUUCAGGAACGUUGAAGAGUUACAAGAGCAAAACAGCAAGUUGCUGCGCGUAACCCGUGAGCUUGGCGAACAAAUGGAAGGUGAAGAAGCCCGGGCCAAGCAGAACCAGGCCGAAAGGGAUCAUGAAGAGUUGGAGGAGUUGAGGGUGAAGGCUGACCGCUACGAGGAUGAGCUGAAGUCCCUCAACACAGUUGCUGAGAGUUACCAGCGUGAGAGGGAUAUGUUCCGCCGGAUGCUCACCCACAGAGGCCAGAUUCCUCCUGGUUCCGAUCUCCAAACCAUGUUCGGCCAAUCUGUUGGACCCGCUACGCCACCGCCCGGUGCCUUCUCUCACAGCGUCGGCCCUGGCGCUGAACCCGGCAGGGAUCUGUCCGACUACGCUAAGCUUCUGAAGGAGAUGCAAAGUCACUUUGAUGCCUACCGCAAGGAGGCGACCACCGACCACGCGAUGCUCAAGGAGCAAGCCGAUCGCCUUGCCAAGGAAAAGAGUGACCUCCAAAUUGAAAUCAACCGCAACAGCAGCCAACUUACCCUUGCGCACGAGAGGUACGAACUCUUGCAAGCCAACUUCAACCAGCUCAGGUCAGAAAAUUCCGAGCUGCAGAAGCGUGGACAAUCUCUGGCGGAGACUUCGGCGAAACAAGACCUCAAGACUGCGCAGGUGGCCGAGGAACUUUACGAAGCGAAGGCUCAAGCAGAUGGUUUGCGCCACGAGGCUGCCAACCUGAAGGCUGAGAAGGAGCUUUGGAAGAACAUUGAGAACCGUUUGGCGGACGACAACCGCGCUUUGACCGAUGAACGCACUCGCCUCAACAAGAUGAUCGCCGACUUGCAGAACCUACAAAAUGAGAGGGAACUCGCUGACUCCGAGAACCGUCGCCGUCUGCAGACCCGGAUCGAGUCUUUGGAGUCUGAGUUGCAGACCGUCAAGCGUAAGCUGGAUGACGAGGUUGAGGAUGGCAAGCGGGCUACCUUGAGGCGGGAGUACGAAUCAGAACAGAACAGGACUCGGAUUGACGAUCUGGUCAAGAGCUUGAGCAAUGCUAGGGAAGAGUUGGUCGCUGCCAAGACGCAGCGUGACCAGUUCCAAGCCAGGGUGGAGGAGCUUAGGAUUGAGUUGCGCAAUGCCGAGGAGAAGGCCAUAGCAUUGCAGCCUAGGCCCACUCCACGUCGGGAGAGCAUCCUGCCGAAUGGCGAGGAAGGCACCGGUGAAGGCAAUGACCUCAGUCGCGAGCAGGAGUUGGCUGUCGAGGUGGCUGAUCUUAAGCGCGAUCUGGAGAUUGCCAAGAACGAUCUCGAGGCUGCUAAGACACACGUCGAGCAAUACAAGGCCAUCAGCCAGUCUUCCGAGGAGGAGCUCCAGAGCAUGAACGAAGCCCACGACCAGUACCGUGAGGAGAUGGACCGGAUCAUCACUGAAAAGGAUGCCAAGAUUCACGAUCUGGAGCAACGCGUGGAGGAGAUCUCGACUGAGCUGGCUACGACCAACACCGAACUCUCCGACCUGCGUACUGGUCACGAAGAGAACCAGACGCGUUUCAACGAGCAGAAGUCCAUCCUUGAAACUGAAAUCACCCGCCUCAAGGAUGAAAGCGACCGCUACCAGGAGACUGCCAAGCUCUGCCAGGAAGACCUCAAGGCUCAAGCAACAAUCGCUCAGCAAGCUCAGCAAAGUUAUGAGCAGGAGCUCGUCAAGCACGCCGAAGCUGCGCAAGGCUUGCAGAAGGUCCGCGCGGAGCACAACGAGCUCAAGUCUCAAGUUGCUGAGAUCAGAGCUGAGGCUCAGGCGGCCAAGACCGCGCUGGCAUCGAGCGAGGACAGCUGGAACGAGACCAAGAGCCGGUACGAGCAGGAAUUGACGGACAUCAAGAACCGGCGCGAGGAUGUUAACAAUCAAAACCGCAUCCUCCACCAGCAGCUGGAGACUGUCAGCUCGCAAAUCGCCGCCCUUAAGCAGAGCCGCGCCAGCCUUGGCGAAGAGGGUGAGAGCACCGCUACGCCGCCUCCUGGUGCUGGAGACUUGCAAGAGGUUAUCCGUUACCUGCGUCGCGAGAAGGAGAUUGUGGAUGUACAGUAUGAGUUGUCCAUCCAAGAAGCCAAGAGGCUCAGGCAACAGCUUGAUCACGCUCAGACUCAGCUCGACCAGACUCGCGAGAAGCUCAACCAAGAACGCCAGAGCCAGAUCGACAAGGAGCAGAGCAACAUCACUCACAGCAAGCUCAUGGAAACUAUCAAUGAGCUCAACCUCUUCCGUGAGAGCAGCACGACUCUCCGCAAUGAAGCUCGCCAAGCCCAAGCUCAGCUGGCCGAGAAGGUCAAGGAGGUCGAAAACCUCAUGGCCACUAUCGAGCCUCUGCAAACUAAAGUCCGCGACGCUGAGAACGAUUUGGAGACGAAGGACGGCGAGCUCAAGCUUCUUCAGGAGGACCGUGACCGCUGGCAACAGCGGACGCAGAACAUUCUGCAGAAGUACGACCGUGUUGAUCCUGAAGAGUUGGCCGCCCUCAAGAAUGAAAUCUCCUCUUUGCAGACUGAGCGUGAUCAAUUGCUUGCUGAGAAGGAGCCGUUGCAACAGCAGAUCGACAACAUUCCGGAACAGGUUCGUGUCGCAAAGGAGGAAGCUGCCCAGGCUACCAAGGAAGAAAACGACAAGUUCCACGAAGAGCGCCGCAACAAGUUGAUUGAGCAAUUCAAGGAGCGCUCUCGCAACCUAUCUGGGCAAAUCAAGGAGAAGAACCAGGAGAACCAGGCCGCUGUCCAGGCCAAGGAGCAGCUGGCUCAAGAGCUUGCUGCUGUCCGCGAGGAACUCGAGGCCGCGAAGACCGCUCGGGACGAGGCCAUUGCUAACGCUGAAAAACAACCACCUGCCGAUGUACAGAUGCAAGAAAAUCAGGAAGAAGGACAGGUUCCUGAAGUUGAAGGUGAAGGUGAAGAGUCCGGUGUACCAAGCGCAGAGAACGCAUUGCUUGAGGCUCGUGCUCUGGCCGCUGAAGCCAAGGUGGCCGAAGAAGCUGCUCGUGCGGCUGAGUUGCAAACCCAGGUGGAGAACCUUCAAAGGAGGACUCAAGAGCUUGAGUCGCAAAUUGGCGAGCUUCAACGAAACCUCGACACUACCACGACCGAGCUUGCCCAACUUAGGGUCACGACCUCCGCUACUCCUGCACCCGAAGCUGCUCCCGAGGCUGCACCCGAAGCUGCUACGACGGAUGCGGAGACGGUUGAAAUGCUCGAAAAGCUCAAGGCAGACCUUGCUACGGCGCAGCAGGAAGUCGAAACUCUUCGUGUUGCUGCGGCAACUGUUUCGCCGACCGCUAACGCCACUGAGAACACUGCCGUGCCUGCUGAGCCUGCCGCGCCUGCCGCGCCCGCUGCGCCCGCUGCGCCCGCUGCUGAUCUUUCCGAACAGAUUGCCGCCAUCAAGGCCGAAUCCGAUGCUGCUCUGGAGGCGAAGGUUAAGGAGCUUGAGGCGCAGUCCGCUGAGAAGACCAAGCACGCCGAAGAACUGUACCAGAAGCGUGCCGAUCAGAUGAAGGCCACUCUUUCCAAGAAACUCACUGAAGGCAAAGAGACUAUUCGUCAACAACUCAAGCAAGAGCAUGAGCAGGCUUUGCAACAGCUCAAGACGGAACACGAGGCUGAAAUUCAGCGCCUGAAGACCGAACACGCUGCGGAGCUUGAGCGUGUAAGGGGCGAGGCCCAAUCUGGACAACCUGCCCCCAUAACCGCACCUGCUGAGACUGCCCAUGAUGAGGCCAAGCCUGCCGAAGCUGCACCAGCUACACCAGUUGCGCCACCCACACCAGUCAAGACUGAAGGUGUCAAGGUCAGCGAGCUUCAGCUUUCUGAUGCAGAGGCCCGUGAUCUUGUGGCGACGAAUGCUACGGUCAAGAACAUUGUCAUGCGCAACAUUAAGCAGAAGCUGGCGGCCGAGGUCGAGAAUGCUACCAACAAAAUCAAGGAAGAGCAAUCCCAACUGCAGGCCAAGAUGGUCGCGGAUGCGCUUGAGGAGGCCAACAAGAAGGCCGAGCAAGCGAAGGAAGCAGCCAUUGCUAUGACUGAGAAGAAACAGGCCGUCAAGAUCAACAUGGCGCAGAACAGAGAGAGGACGGCCGGCGCCAAGAUCGAAGUGGUGAAGAAGGCGGCGGAGGACACACCCCAGCGGCCAGUUGGCGAAGUCUGGGCCAUUGCAAAGGACGCAAAACCGGCGCCUGUGCCUUCACCACAGCUUGCGGCUGCUCCUGCUGCUGCAUCGGUUCCUGCUGCAACUCAACAACCUGCGGCUCAGGCGUCUCCUGCUCAAGCUUCUCCAGCUCAGCAGCACCAGCUGCCAUCUCACCCGCAGACACAGAUGCCGCAGUCAGGUGCUUUGUUCGGUCGUCCCGCUCCUGUUCCCGGUCAACCUCAACAAGGCCAGCAACAGCAUGGCCAGCAGCCCGGUGCGGUUCCCAUGAACCAGUUCCAAGGUCAACAAGGCCAACCCGUUCCCAACCCCUUUGGCGCAGCUGCCGGCAUUCCGCGCCCGAACACGAGGUUGCCUGACGCGCCGCUUGGCGCAGGUGGUCGACCCAACUCCCCCUUCGGCUUCCAGCCCGGUCAAAACCAGCCCGGUGGCUUCCAAGCACAACAGCAAGGCCAGACUCAGCUGCCUCUUCCCAACCAAGGCCAGGCAGCACAGAACACGGCGUUGCACAACCGGCCCCCGCAGCAACAGCCAGGCGUCGGCACCGGCCCUGGCGCCCUCCGCUCUAUCGUCAGCCAAGGCGGCACGGGUAUCCCGCGUGGUGGCGGCACAGGCAUUCCUCGUCCUGGUGGGGGCAGAGGAGGCAUGGCUCAGCAGCAGGGCCAGCAGGGCCAGCAGGGCAUGAGUGCCUUGCCACGGAGGGGCGGCGGUCACGGCAGAGGCCGUGGCGGUGGCCAGCAGCAGGGUCAAGGCCAACAGGGCGGUGGCGAUGGCGCGGGCAGGGGCAUGAAUGCUGGUGCGAGGCAGUUUGUGCCUGGCCAGGGGAACAAGAGACCCCAUCCCGAAGGCGGUGAUGGUAAUGAUGCCGGGAAGAGGGCGAGGGGUGGUGGUGGUGGGAAUUAAAGUAGAGGGGUUGAGGGGGUGUCGUUGUUGCAUUGCAUUGGCAUUUUAGUGUGGUAAAAAUCUCUUCGUUUGCUUGUUGUUUGUUUGUUUGCUGCUUGCUUGCUUCUUGCUUGCGUUUUUAAAGGUUUCUUUAUUGCUGUCGGGGAGGGGAGAUGGGCGGUUGCUGGUCUGGAAGAAGGCUGCUGUGUACGCUUAGACAGUUGGGUGUGCGUGCGUGCGUGCGGGCGUGCGGGGGAGAGAAGAGAGCGAGCAAUAUCGGGCGCUCGAUGCAUCGUCGCUCGUAAUAUUAGGGAGCAGAGCAAGGCUUGGCAUAUAUAUGUAGGCUAGGAUAGGAUAGGAUAGAGCAUUGAUGGUGGAUACUUGGUAAG